UAUUAUCGUGCCGAACGGAAACUGCGGUAUACGAUGCUUUAGAAGCGGCGGACGAGUUAGCAAAUCAAAUGCUUACCUAGUUUUGCAAGAAUGAAACAGCUGAUUGUCGGUUUGCUGGUUGUGUAAACAGACAAAUCAGCCAACGCAAAAUAUUGCUGUGGUUCAUCUAUACGCCGCUACGGAAACGAAAAAACGGGCGUACAACUCAGACGAGUAUACAGCCAUACGCUUUUGCUAACACAGAGUAUGCUUUGGAUCACGCAAAAGCAGUUUUCCAAGCAAAUACCGUACUUAUUCUAACAUUAAGCUGCGAGCCGUUGUUUUAAAUAAAAAUGUCUAGCGGAACUCCUGUGGCACUGGUGACCGGCGCGAACAAAGGGAUUGGAUUCGGCAUUGUGCGUGAACUUUGCCGUCAGACAAACGGAACAAUUUAUUUAGCAGCACGUGACCAGGCAAGAGGACAAGAUGCUGUGCAGCUUCUGAAAGACGAAGGCUUAAACGCAAACUUUCUUCGGCUUGAUGUUACCGAUGUAAAAAGCAUCGAGAGUGCGAGAGAUUUCAUAAAGAACAAACAUGGAGGAUUGGAUAUUCUUAUCAACAAUGCCGGUAUAUUUGUGGGUACUGUGGCGGACAAAGAUCGCGUCCCAUCUGCAGAAGCUGCGAAAACGACUUUGGCUACCAAUUUUACCGGUCUUUUGGAUGUAUGCAAUAUUAUGUUUCCGCUAUUACGACCGCAUGCCAGGGUUGUCAAUGUCUCCAGCAGCUUGGGUAGUUUACGGUCUUUAAAAAUUGAUGCCCUUAAACAACGGCUGGUUGCGGAUGACCUUACUAUUCUGGAGCUGGAAAAGAUGGUCCAAGAUUAUAUUCGGACUGCCGAGGACAACAAAUUGGAGAAUUCGGGCUAUCCUGGAGCUUUUGGUCCGUAUGCGUUUUCCAAAAUCCUAGUCACAGCGUUAACACGUGUCCAACAGAGAAUGUUUGAUCGACAAAACAAAAAUCAAGACAUCGUCGUUAAUGCGGUGUGCCCUGGAUUUGUCGCAACCGAUAUGAAUCAACAUCAAGGAUUCAAAACCAUUGAACAAGGAGCGGACUCACCGGUUUAUCUCGCAUUACUUCCGCCACAGCAAAACGAUUUGGUGCAUCCACGGGGACAACUGAUUUCUGAGAGAAUUGUGAAAAAUUGGAUCGAAGAUCAAUGAUACUGUGGCUGCCCGCCAUCCUGCGUUUUCAAAAAGCAUCCCACAUCCAAAUUUUCCCGGAAAUAACGACAACCCGGAAAUAACAGCAUUCCCAUACAUGGACCCAAAUCGUUCUUAUUAAAGCAACUUUCAUUAAAUUCGUUCGGUUCGAGCCGUGCGUGACAGUAUACUGACGUUUUAAACGUUCUUAUGAGUGCGACUGCGACCAAUUAAAUAAGUAUUAUGCUGAUAUCAGCCACUGUUAUGUAAAACAAAUUCAGCCAAAUUCUAAUGUGACCCUUAAUUCCACAAUCAAAUUUCUGAUAAAACAAGAAUG